UUGCAGCCUACAAUAAACAUGGAUACUGAUGCUGAUCUAAUAAUAGCAGCAUGUGGAAUAAUUUUAGCUGGGUCCCUGAAGAGAAAACGACAGUGUUGGGUUAGACCAAGCUUAAUGAGUCGCAGUCGUUACAGUAACAGUGAUAGAAUAAAAGAUUUAAGAACAGACGAUUUGAUUGUAAAAAGACCCUUACAUUUUAAGACAUUUAUGUCGUUAACGUUUACCGACUUUGAAUAUUUACUAAGCAUUGUUGGACCCACAAUAGUUAAAAAAAAUACAAAUUACAGAAGUGCAAUUUCACCAACGGACAGAUUAUCAUUAACAUUAAAAUACCUGACUACGGGAGAUUCAUUCAACAGUCUUUGUGACACCUUUAAAGUAUCUCCUCAACUUAUUUCCUACAUUAUUCCAGAAGUGUGCCAAGCUAUCGUAGAUGGACUUUCGGAUUAUGUGAAGAUUCCACGAACAUCAAACGAAUGGACAAAAGUUGCAGAUGGAUAUCUGAGUAGAUGGAAUGUACCUAAUUGUGUUGGAUCUAUGGAUGGAAAGCACAUUAGAAUUGAAUGUCCAGCACGAAGUGGAAGCGAUUAUUUUAAUUAUAAAAUGUAUUUCAGUAUUGUACUGUUUGCAUUAGUGGAUGCAGAUUAUAAGUUUUUAUACGCUAAUGUGGGGUGCCAGGGUCGCAUUUCCGAUGGUGGUGUAUUUGCUAACUCUUCAUUAUGCAGAAUGUUAUAUAAUAAUGAUUUAAAUUUGCCAGAUAAAAAACCUCUACCUGGAAGAAUUAUGCCAGUACCCUAUUUUUUUUUGGGCGACGAUGCGUUUCCUUUACAAACCAAUAUUUUAAAACCUUAUGAUGGUAAUCAUGCGAAAGGGUCUCCCAAGAGAGUGUACAACUAUCGCAUGUGUCGAGGUCGAAGAGUAGUUGAAAACGUAUUUGGACAGUUAACAAAACAAUUUAAGAUAUUUAACAAACCCAUCCAGCUAAAUCCACAAAAAGUUACUAUUGUAACAUUGGCAUGUAUUCAUUUGUUCAAUUAUGUAAAACGACAUGGUAUAAUACAACAAAAUGAAUAUGAUACUGAAAAUAGUAGGGGAGAAAUCAAUCCAGGAGAUUGGCGCAGGGAACCACGUGAAAAUAAUUUGUUUGCUGACUUGCCUAGACAAGACAAUACACAUUCCCUUGAGGUUACAAGGACACAAUCUCCUGAGGUUAUAAGGACAGAAUUGGUUCAAUAUUUUCUUUCCGAUGUCGGGAGAUUACCAUGGCAGAAUGAUCAAUGACUAACUCGUAAGUUU